CUAGUUUAUACUCGCUGCGUCAGCAAAAAUGAAGCGAAUAUUGAGGAAACCACGGAUGGUUGCUAAACGUGCUGUAAUUUUUAGUCGGUAUAUAAUACAGCAUGUGGUGGUGUUUGCCAUGCCUCAUCUUAUUUGUUUUUGUUAUACGUUUUGUAAGUUUGUCAUUGUAACCUACUGUUUUAUUGUUGUGGUGCUUUUUUAAUCAAGAAUAACAAUGAAUCCAUCUUUUGUUUUAGUCUUAUAAUGUGAAAGCAGUGAGUCAGUGAAGGACGAUGGCAUCUGUUGAUGAGCAUCGUGACACACUUGAUGAGCCGGAAGAAAAAAAGCUGAAACACAAGCAAGUCCUGAAGAGCAGUGGUGUUCAGACUGGAGUCAGUGUUGAUCUGAACGCUCAGAUGGGAGCAACUGUAAAUGCUCCUGUACUCACUGGAAACACCAUCACAUCAGUGACCUUCAACUACAGCACUGCAGGACACGAGCCACAAAAACUCUCAGAGAUGGCAGAGAAACACACUGAAAAACAAGCAGAUUUGAUUCUAAAGGAUUUUUUGAAAACUCACAAAUCCAACAUGAAGGACAAAGCAAAACUUAUUUUUGAGGGCAAAGAAGCAGCAGAUCUCCAGGCUGUUUACACAGAGCUCUUCAUCACAGAGGGAGAUAUGAAGGAGGUUCAUCAGGAACAUGAGAUUCUGAAGAUUGAUGAUGCUUUCAAGAACAAACAAACACAGGACAAACCAAUCAAAUGCAAUGAUAUAUUUACAUUAUUAAGGAAAAACAAUGAGAAGAAGAUUGUUCUGACCAAGGGAGUCGCUGGCAUUGGAAAAACUGUCUCUGUGCACAAGUUCAUCCUGGACUGGGCAGAAGAAAAAGCCAAUCAGGACAUACACUGUGUGUUCCUGCUUCCAUUCAGAGAGAUUAACUGCAUUAAAGACAGAGAGAUCAAUCUCCAUGAGUUUCUGCAGAAAUUUCAUCCUGAACUGGAGGGCCUGGAGAAAACAAAGUUAUAUAAGGAAUGCAGACUAGUGUUUAUAUUUGAUGGACUUGAUGAGAGUCGUCUGGCUUUGAAUUUUAAUUCUACAACAUCACGAGGAGCCAUUGUUGAGAAUAAAUCAUCUGUAGAUAUGCUGUUCACCGGUCUGGUCAAAGGGACUCUGCUUCCAUCAGCUCUGGUCUGGGUGACCUCACGGCCAGCAGCAGCCAAUCAGAUCCCUCCUCGGUAUGUGGGUUUGUUCACUGAGGUGCGAGGAUUCACUGACCCACAGAAGGAGGAGUACUUCAGAAAGAGAAUCACAGAUAAGACUCUGGCCUCCAGAAUCAUCUCACACAUUAAGACGUCUCGUAGUCUCUACAUCAUGUGCCACAUUCCUGUGUUCUGCUGGAUCACAGCCACAGUACUUCAGGAUCUUCUCAUCAACAACAGUGAAGAGAACAUCAGCACAACACUCACUGAAAUGUACAUCCACUUCCUGCUGAUACAGAUGAACAUGAAGAAUCAGAAGUAUGAUGAACAAAAAAAGAGAGAAUAUACAGAGCACUUACAAUUAAACAGAACAAUGAUUUCAAAUUUAGCCAAGCUAGCGUUUGAACAGCUGAAGCAGGAACACGUUGUGUUCUAUGAGAAAGAUCUGAAAGCGUGUGGUAUUGAGGUGAGUAAAGACACUGAGUUCACAGGAAUGAUCGCUGAGAUCUUUAAAAAGGUAUAUGUACUUCAUGAGAAGAAGGUCUUCUGCUUUGUGCAUCUUAGUGUUCAAGAGUUCCUCGCUGCAGUGCAUGUGUUCCUCUGUUACCUGAACAAGAACAUGCAGGAGCUUCAGUUUUUCUUUGAUGAGCCCGAAGAAAAUAUCACAUUACAGGAGCUACUGCAGAAGGCUGUUGAUAAAGCCAGGAAGAGUGAGAGAGGACAUCUGGACCUGUUCCUGCGGUUUCUGAUGGGCAUUACACUGGAAUCCAGUCAAAACCUGCUCCAAGGCCUGAUCCCACACACUGAAGACACCACAGAGAGCAUCAAAAAAAUAAGUGCACACUUAAAACAAAGACAAAAAGAGAAUAUCUCAGAUGAAGCUUCAGUCAACCUAUUCUACUGCUUACUUGAGCUCAAGGAUCGUUCAUUAUAUGAGGAACUCCAGAGAUACCUCAGUUCAGAUGCACAUCCAGGAAGAAAACUCUCAUCUUCAAUGUGUUCAGUGCUGGCCACAGUACUGCUGAUGUCAGAGAAGGUUCUGGAUGAGUUCAACCCAAAGAGGUUCACUUCAUCACGAGCAGGCUUUACAAGACUGGUUCAAGCUGUGAGAAGCUGCAGAAAAGCCCUAUUUGACGGCUGUGGUUUUGAUGAAACAUGCUGUGAAACUGUGUCUUCAGCUCUCCAAUCAUCAAACUCUCAUCUGACAGAGCUGACCCUGGGUGGCAAUAACCUGCAGGAUUCAGGAGUGAAGCUGCUGUAUGAUGGACUGAAGAGUUCACACUGUCAGCUGAACGCACUGAGGCUGUAUGGCUGUAAACUCACUGCUCAGUCUUGUGAGAGUUUGUCAUCAGCUCUACAAUCCUUAAACUCUGUUCUGAGAGAGCUGGACCUGAGUAACAAUGACCUGCAGGAUUCAGGAGUGAAGCUGCUUUCUGAUGGACUGAAAAGUUCACACUGUAAGCUGGAGAUCCUGAGGUUUUCCAUAUGUAGUCUCACUGCUAUGUCUUGUGAGAGUUUGUCAUCAGUUUUACAAUCCUCAAACUCCCGUCUGAGAGAGCUGGACCUGAGUAACAAUGAUCUGCAGGAUUCAGGAGUGAAGCUGCUUUCUGAUGGACUGAGGAGAAACUGUAAGCUGAAGAUACUGAGGUUGUCUGGCUGUAUGGUGACAAAGGAAGGCUGUGAUUAUUUGUCUUCAGCUCGGAGUUCAAACCCCUCACACCUGAGAGAGCUGGAUCUGAGCUACAAUCACCCAGGAGAUUCAGGAGUCAAGCUGCUCUCUGAAAAUCUCAAGAAUCUGGACAAACUCAAUGUGGAUCAUGGAGGAGAAUCCAGAAUUACAGCAGGACUACACAAAUAUUCCCAUCAGCUCACUCUGGAUCCGAACACAGUGAAUAAAGAGCUCCUUCUGUCUGAGAACAACAGAGUGAUUACAAACACUGACACAGAUCAGCCGUAUCCUGAUCUUCCAGACAGAUUUGAUGAUUAUCCUCAGGUGUUGUGUAGAGAGAGUGUGUGUGGACGCAGUUACUGGGAGAUCGAGUGUAGAGGAGGAUAUGUGGAGAUUUCAGUGUCAUAUAAGAGCAUCAGCAGGAAGAGAGGAGGUGGUAAGUAUGUGUUUGGAUGUAAUGAUCAGUCCUGGAGUUUGUUCUGCUCUUCUGACAGUUACUCAUUCAGACACAAUGACAUACACACUAUUCUCUCUGUGAAGCCCAUCAUCAGCAGAAGAGGAGUUAAUGAUGAUAUCUAUAGAAUAGGAGUGUAUGUGGAUCACGGUGCAGGAACUCUGUCCUUCUACAGCAUCUCUGACACAAUGAGCCUCAUCCACACAGAACACACCACAUUCACUCAGCCGCUCUAUCCUGGGUUUACUGUUCAUAGAGGAGCAUCAGUGAAACUGUGUUGAUGAAUCAGAGAGAUUCUACCCAGAAUGCUUUGAGCUGCAUGAUCAAUCAGUGACAGAUGUUAUAGUCUCUUCAUCACAUUAAUAUGAACAUGAAUCAGAAAUCCUCAUCUAGACAGUGUGUGUGUGAGUGUGUGUGUGUGUGUGUGUGAGAUCUGUGUUUCUGGGCUUUUCUCAAACUCACAUCAGUCAUUUGUAUUAUUCAACUCGUCCGCUCAUUAUAGAGACUUUAAGACCUGAAGCGGGUCAGAAAAGCUGAAGAGAGUUAUUAAGAUGCGCGUCACGUUCAGCAGCAGCAGCUUUUAAAGCAAUAGCAGGCAAAUAAACUAAUAACCAGCUGCUGUGAUGUCUAUUAAUCCAAGAACUAAAGAAACAAGAGGAAAUCUAUCACUUUUAUAGCUUUAAGGGGUUCGUCUAUAUUUAAUUUAGAAUUUAGUGUUUGGUAACUCUUCAUUUUCUGUAUAUUUCUGCUGAAGGGCACAGGCAGCUAAAUAUGACAUUUAUUAUAUUGGGUUCAUGUGAAGAUUGUUUAAAGUUCACUUAAAUCAGAAGUAAAGUCUAAUAAAUGUUAAAAUUGAUAUCUCUGUUAUACUGUAAUGCUGAAUGGCUAGUCAAUGGUUAAAUAUUAAGGAGAAAAAACUAUUUUAUAGAGACAUCAGUAUUAUUGAUAUCAGUGAUGCUGUCCUUCAAUCAUAAAAAAGAUGCCAUUAAAGAAAUAUUAAAAAUAUAUGUCUUUAUGUUGUUUGUACAUUGUACAUUUGAAGAUUGAAUGUGAAAUUAUUGCAAUAUAAAAGCAUAUUUAAAAACUUUAAUGUUAGUUGGGAUUAAUUGCGAUUAAUUAAAAAUAAAUGUGUGAUUAAUUAGUUAAUUUUUUUAAUGGAUUGACAGCACUUAUUACUAUCAAACUCAGUCUGAUAUCUGAUCAUUCAUCUGAUUUUCUCUAUUGUUUGUAAUAAAACACAAUGUCAAAUCAUCUUCAGAUCAUAUUUUAUUUGAUGAUGAAUGUGUGAAAUGUCUGAAUGCUGUAUGAAUUAUGAAUAAAAUUAAUGAAUCGACUGAAA